GUCAAAGUAGUGACGAAUGUUUUUCGUGAAUGUAUAAAUAAAUAAUAUUACAAAGGAUAAUCUGAUAAAAAUUAUCUCUUGUGGAAGUGAGUCAUUUAGCGUAAAUUCAUUCGAAUUCGAUCCUCUAAAGAUGCUGUUCGACAAUUUGAAUAAGUGUCUAGAUCAACAACCAAAUUUGACUUACGAUGAGGCUUGUUUGGAUAUUUUCAACAUUUACAAGGAAACCAUUACUUUAGUUUAUCAGUACGAUGAAUGCUACAAAUGCAAUUUUCAAAAUUUAACGACUCUCAAGCCGAACGCCACCACUUCGGUUGUCGUCAAAACCAGCUCACCGAUGCAGAUAGAAUAUUCCGUAAGCAAUACUAAGUGCCAUUACCAACAACUUCUCUACGAGCAUUAUCGAUAUGGAUUCAAUGUCUCUGAAAAGUGCCCUCCGAUUUACAUUAAAGAACCUGCGGAUGACGCCUAUUUGCCAAUUCUCAUGGCGUUCGUUGUGCUUUUCUCAUUCGGGACAAUCUGGUAUAUGGUUAAAUGCAUAUACAAAAACAGCGGUAGACUCCGUCAGUUACUCGCUCUAAGCUCUGAAUUAGAAGAAGAUUUGAUUGGAUCAUCGUCUGGAACUCCUCUUGUUUAUGAAAGAUCGCCAACUGCUCUAGCCAAGCAUUCCGAUCGAUUGAAAUCCAUUGAUACCUUUAGAGGUUUGUGCAUUGCAGUGAUGAUAUUCGUUAAUUAUGGAGGCGGACAGUAUUGGUUUUUCAAGCACUCUGUAUGGAACGGGUUAACCAUAGCUGAUCUGGUGUUUCCUUGGUUCGUCUGGUUGAUGGGCUUUUCCCUGUCAGUGUCCCUUCAAAGGAAAAUUCGAACGUUGGUACCAAAGCGAUUGAUGAUAUUUCAAGUGAUCAGACGCUCCUUCAUACUGAUGUUGUUAGGAAUAGUCAUAAAUUCCAAUGCGAAUUUGUCUACGAUCGCAGAUUUAAGAAUACCCGGCGUUCUCCAAAGAAUCGGCAUAGUUUAUUUGGUAGUUGGAAUACUCGAAGUUGUGUUUACCAGAAGAACCGAAGUUGAGAUGGCGUCUUGGAUACACGACGUGGCAGUAGCUUGGCCUCAAUGGCUGAUUGUAUACAGUUUAAUUAUAAUUCACGCCAGUUUGACGUUCCUAAUCAACGUACCCGGAUGCGGUACGGGCUAUUUGGGCCCCGGAGGUUUGGAGGAGAACGGAUUGUUCUACAACUGCACAGGCGGUGCGGCCGGUUUCAUCGAUAGGGCGAUUUUCAACGCGCACAUGUACAAAGAUCACGCUUUGGCGAAAGUCUACGAAAUCACUGUUAGAGUGGAUCCGGAAGGCGUUUUGGGUACGUUGACUGCGAUUCUCAGCGCUUAUUUCGGCGCCCAAGCCGGCAGGACUUUGAACACUUAUCAAAGCGUCAGAGCUAAAGUUGUCAGAUGGAUUAUUUGGGGUGUCGUUAUUGGCCUUAUUGGUACAUCAUUGUGCGGUUUCUCUAAAAACGACGGACCAAUACCAAUCAACAAAAAGCUGUGGUCGCUUUCGUUUGCUCUAGUUACCAGCGGCAUGGCCUUUAUUAUCGAAGCUUUCUUGUACGUGUUUGUGGAUAUUACGAAAAAAUGGGGCGGUCGACCGCUCUUCUAUCCCGGCAUGAAUUCCAUUCUGUUGUACGUGGGUCACGAAUUGUUCAAGAAGACAUUUCCAUUCGGUUGGGUACCCACCGUGCAAACGCACGGCACCUACUUGUUUAUGAACCUUUGGGGCACGUUCUUGUGGGUGUCGAUAUCGAUUUGGCUCUACAAAAACAACGUGUUUUUCAAAAUCUAGAAAUCUAUUUUUGUGAUAAAUGAUAUAUUAUAUGAUAUACUCUCGUGUUAUCGUUAAAUUUUGAAAGUACCGUUGGUUUAAUUUAUAUUAUUAGACUGUGACUGAUCUGAGUAUAAUAUGUAGCUGUAGGUUUUGUUUGCUAACCGGAAUUUGUGUUUAAUAAAAUAUAGUAUAUGAAUA